UCUUGGUGAGAGAGAGAGAGAGCAAACUGUGCACGGGGAGGGAGCCAGGGAGCUACAGGGAACCAGGACGCCGCUGUGUUGUUAUGCCAAAACACUCAGCUGCGGCUUGUCAUACCCAAGUGUGUAUGACAGCCUGUGUGGUGACAUGGUGGUGUCUGUGGCUGACUGUGGCAGGCAUGGAGGUCUGGGGAGGAGGAGAGGAUGGGGAAAGAGGAGGAAGAGAGGAGAGGUCCCUUCAGCAAAUCCCCUUAGGAACCUCAGGAUUUCCCUUACCUGUGGAUAUUGACCCCAUUCCUUCAGGCCCCAGAGAACAGAUCAACCAAGUGACAUCCUUCAUUGAUGGGUCGGUGAUCUACGGGUCCAGCAAGGAGGAGAGUGACGAGCUGCGUGCCUUCUCUGGCGGCCUCCUCAAGGUGCAGCGCGGCCCGGCAAACACCCAGAUCCUCAUGGCCGACACCAACCAGAUUGACUGCAAGACCUCAGGAAGAUUCAAAGCCAGGUCACGCAAGACUCGGGCAGCAGACGGCCAGCUCAAAGACAUCGAGUCAGGUUCCCCAAACAACGUACUGGAUUUGAUGGAGGUUCUGCCUAACACUGACGUCAGCGAUAUCACGGAAAUUCCUAGCGUGUUUGAGCGUGACGACCAGACACUGCCCUGCGACCACACUUUGCGUUUCCGCACAGCUACAGGGUGGUGCAAUAAUCUUAACUUCCCGUCCUUCGGCAAGUCGUUCAGGGCAAAAAGUCGACUCCUACGUCCUUCUUAUGAAAACGGUCUGUCUAAACCUCGCGUCACUUCAGUCACCGGCAAGCCUCUCCCUUCCCCUCGGCUCAUUUCCACCAACAUGCACAACGACGUGUCUGCACCGCAUGUCCGCUAUACCCUAAUGGUCAUGCAGUGGGGCCAGUUUAUUGACCAUGAUAUUAUUUUCACCCCCAUCAACAAAGGUUUCCAAGACUCGAUUCUGGAUUGCCGCAGAUGUGACUCUCCCCAGACAGUCCACCCUGAGUGUUUCCCCAUAGCCAUUCCUCAGAACGAUCCAUUUUUCCCUCCUGUCAAUAUAUCAUCUGGCCAGCCAUUCUGCAUCCCCCUGACCCGCUCCAUGCCAGGCCAGCUGACUCUAGAUUACGAUGCAUACUGCAACCCAACAGUGCUCAAUGAAUUUGGCAUAGCCUUCCGCUUUGGCCACUCUCUACUCAAGCCUUCCCUGGAGCGCAUGGAUGGAAUAUUUGCCAAGAGCAACCCUCCUGUCAAGCUGAGCGAACACUUCUUCAACCCAGACCUACUCUACCAGCCUGGGAUGCUUGAUGAGAUCAUCCACGGCCUGACUACUGUGUCCAUGGAGACACUGGACCAGUUCUUGACAGAUGAGGUGACCAACCAUCUCUUUGAAGACAAGCGGCAGCCAUUCUCUGGCCUGGACCUGGCUGCCCUCAACAUCCAGCGAGGCAGAGACCAUGGACUGCAGCCUUACAAUGAGUACAGGGCCCUCUGUAACCUGACCAGGGCGAGGUCGUUUGAUGACCUGCACAGGGAGAUAGCGAGGCCGGUGAUCGAGCGAAUGAAACGGACGUACGCACACGUGGAUGACAUAGAUCUGUUCACUGGUGGAUUGAUUGAGACGCCGCUGCACGGUGGACUGGUCGGUCCCACGUUCGGCUGCAUCCUUGGCAUUCAGUUCAGGAACCUCCGCUGCUGUGACCGGUUCUGGUAUGAGAAUGCUGACCCACUUGUGCGCUUCACCGACCCUCAGCUCACUGAAAUAAGAAAGGUGACACUGGCCAAGCUUCUGUGUGACAACUGUGACAAUGUGGAAAGUGAACAGCGGUCUGUCUUUGACUUUCCAGACCCCUUCCUGUAA